GUUUCAGAAUUUUAUAUCCACAUUAGUUCACUUUGUAUUUGUACCUUUACUCUUCCCUAUUUCUCUCUCCCUCAAGCCUGCCUAGUUAGGGUUUUGAUUUUUCUUACAGUAAUUUUGACCCACUCACUCACCCACAGGGUCAGCCUGAUUUGGAAGCUGAAUUAUAUUUGGGAAUGUCUCAGUAUUAGCUUUUGUUGAGCUAGAGAAAGGAGGAAAAAUGGAAGGAAAUGAGCAUGAAUUGAUGUUAGCAUGUGUCAUUUCGGGGACCCUUUUCUCUCUCCUUGCUUCUGCUUCUUUUGCUUUACUCUGGGCUGUUAAUUGGCGCCCAUGGCGAAUUUAUAGUUGGAUCUUUGCUCGAAAAUGGCCGGGAUUCUUACAAGGCCCCCAGCUGGGAAUUAUAUGUAGUUUCUUGUCGCUGUCUGCAUGGAUAAUUGUGAUCUCUCCGGUUGUGGUGCUUGUUACAUGGGGAUGCUGGUUAAUGUUGAUAUUGGGUCGAGAUAUAGUUGGUCUAGCUGUAAUAAUGGCGGGAAGUUCUUUGCUUUUGACAUUCUACUCAAUAAUGCUUUGGUGGAGAACGCAGUGGCAAAGUUCAAGGGCUGUAGCUGUUCUCCUUCUACUAGCUGUUGGAUUGCUUUGUGCAUAUGAACUUUGUGCUGUGUAUGUCACAGCUGGUGUUAGGGCAUCUGAAAGAUACUCACCAUCAGGGUUCUUCUUUGGUGUAUCGGCAAUCUCCCUUGCAAUCAAUAUGCUAUUUAUUUGCAGGAUGGUCUUCAAUGGGAACGGCUUAGAUGUUGAUGAGUACGUACGGAGGGCAUAUAAAUUUGCUUAUUCUGAUUGUAUUGAAGUGGGUCCUGUUGCUUGCUUACAAGAGCCACCUGAUCCCAAUGAGUUAUAUCCUCGACAAUCUAGAAGGUAAGCUAUACAUUGCUUGCUUUUAAGUGAUGCU